UUGAAUGAUUAUAUUGGAAUAGAACUUAUCUGAACUAAGCUUAAUAUGCAGUGUAAAAUGGUCUCUUAAAAGCAUCGUUCAAACAUCAAAAAAAGCCGUAUGUACUUAUUUAUAUGAAUUGGUGAAUUAAAAGAACGCUAUAUAGUCACUAGUCAUAUAAAUAAUAAAAAUACUCAAGAGAAACAAACAUAAAAAAAAAAUAAUAAAUUUAUACCAGUUUCUAAACUACAUUUAAUAACUACGUUUAUUUAUUGUGGGUGAUAUUUUUUUCUUUUUUUUUGUUAUCUAAAUAAAGUUUAAUAAAUUCAAAAUAAAAAUUAUGGUAGAUUAUUAAAAAAAAAUUAAAAGUAAUAAUAACUGUUCUACUACAUUAAAGAAUAAAUUAAUUUGAAAUUAAAACAAAAAAAUUUUAUUUUGAAUUUGAAAAAAUCCUAUUACAACAAUGAAAUCAAAAGUUUGGAAUAAAAUUUUUAAUAAAAAUAAAUCAUCAUCUGCAAAUAAUUCAACAACACCAUCAACAUCAACAACAGCAGAAAAAGAAUGUACAACAAGUUCUUCAAAUACAAAUGCAAAUUAUUAUGAAAUUUCAAAAAAUCGAAUACAAACAUCGAAUGAUGAUACUACAUUAAUUAAUUAUGAACACGGCAACACAUUAAAUGAUAAUAAAAAUUUUAAUACAAAUAAAAAACAUACAAAAUAUAAAAAUGAUAUUUUAUUAAAUGAUGAAAUUAAUUAUUUAGAUUUAAAUAAAAGAAAUUCAAUUAUAAAACCUGGUACAUCAGCAACACUGGGACGUUUAAAUUCUAAUCAAGAAAAAUUAAUAUCAUCAUCUGGUAAUUGUAGUCCUAAUAAAGUAUCAAAAAUAUCUAAAAUGGUUAAUUCAUUUACAUUAAAACGUCAUUCUUCAAAAAAGAAAUCUGCAUGUAAUCCCGAUGUUGCAAUAUCAAUAAUACGAAGUAAUGAAUCAACAAAAUUAUUUAAUUUAGAAAAAUUAAAUAAAAGAUCAAAUUCAGAUCAUAAUUUUAAUCAAUCAUCAUCGGUAGCAGGAUCAACAACAAAAACAAUAAUAUCAAAUUCAAAUGAUGAAAUUAAUCAAUUUGAUAAUAAUUUUCAAGAAGAAUUUAUGAUAAAUGAUAAUAAUGAAAUAAAAAAUUCACCUACAAAUAAUUUUUUCGAAUUACCUUUACCUACUGAUUCAGAUUAUAUUAAACCGUUAAAUAGUUUUGCCUACCAAACUGAAUCAAUUGUCAUGGAAUUAAAACCAUGUCCUAUUUGUAAUCGAACUUUUGUACCAGAUAAAUUAGAAAAGCACGUUAAAAUUUGUGAAAAAUGGGCAACACAAAAAAGAAAAGUUUUCGACUCAUCACGUCAACGUCGUGAAGGUACUGAAAUGGCAGCUUAUUUACCAAAAGAUUUUGGCUUUUCAACAUCUAAACAAUGUUCACCAGAAAUUGGAAUACCAUUAGAAUCUAAACACGAAAUAAAUUCAUCUGCAACAUUUCCGAAUCAAAUUAUUGAAAGUAAACAUCAUUCAUUACAGCAACAACAACCACAACAAAUUCAUCAUCCAUUGAGGCAAAAAUCUAUUACUUCAAAUAAUACAUUAUUGGGAACUAAAAAAUCAUUAAGUCCAACGUCACGUAUGACAGCAGCACAAAUUGCUGAAAUUAAAGCAAGAGCUGAAGCCAAACGUCAUAUCCCACCAGCCAGUGAGCAAUGUCCUGAAUGUGGACGUCAUUUUGGAAUAAAAGCCUACGAUAGGCAUGUUGAAUUUUGUAAAGAAAAAUCUAAAAUAGCACAAUUUAAAGGUAAUAAUACAUCACAAGCCAAAGAACGUUUAGAAGCAAGAACAAAAUAUAGGGCACCAAAUUUAAGAUUAAAAAGAGCUGCUGUAAGAGAUAAAUAUUCUGGAAAUGGAGACGAUGCACAUGAUGAAAAUCGAUUUGAUGAUUUUUUAAGCAUGUCAAAUUCAUUAAGUUCUUCAUUUAUGAGCGAUGGGGGUUAUUCCGAUAAGUAUGACCCAUUUUUAUCAGCAAAACGACAACUCGAAGAGUUAUGUUCACCGACAUCAACAACAAAAACAAAAUUUGAUGAAAUAAAAUCACCGAAAACACCACUAACACCAAAAACUCCACUAUAUUCCAACAUAAAAGCUAAUCAACACCAAAUUUUAAAUUCUUCAACUUCAUCACCAAUGACAUCUUCUUAUACAGGUCCUUCUACAACUUCUUCAAUUAAUCCAAGUAGAACUUUAAAUGCUGUUAAAUCGAAUUUUAGAAGAACAUCUUCAUUGCGAGCACCUCGUAAAAGUACCCCUUCACGUCCUUUGUUUGUACCGCCGAAUCGUUCAAGACCAUCAACAAUACAAAGAGGUAUUUCUGACGAAGGACCGAUUUCAACAAAUUUUAUAAAACCUGAAGAAUAUGAUGAAAUGCCUGUUAAAUCAGCUUGCAUAAAUAACUUUGCAACAUCCGUUAACAGUCCAAGAUUGAAACGAGAUGCCAGUCCUAGACCUCGUCUUUUAUCCAACAGUUCUCGUGAAUCCAGUCCAAAAACACUUAAACGCGAUCCUAGUCCAUUGGUUGUUCGCCGAAGCUCUAAUUCAAAUUUAAAUCGCAGAAAUUUACGGUUGAAUUUAAAUAAUGGGGAUGAAAAUAUUCCAUCCGGAGUGCAGAAAACUGAUUCAUUGGCAGUAUUUUUGAAAUAUGAAAAUGAAUUAGUCAGAGGAUUAGUUGAUGCACAAAACAAUCAAGAAAAUAAUACAUUAGAGACCGUAUCAACUGAAACUACACCAACAAUAAAAUCCUCGCUUCCAACUCCCGUAACAGAAAAAGAUUUAAAAGAUAAAACUAAUAUCUUAAGUAAACAAAAUUCAUUAAAAAAUUCUUCAAGCGAUUUACAAGUUGAUAAAAAUUUUAAUUUUAAUUACCUUAAUAAUGAAAAGGAAUUGAAAUCUUCUAUAUUAAAGCCAAAUUCUAAUAUGACAGAUCAGCACCAUAAUGUGAAUAACAGAAAUUUAAAUAGUUUUGGAUCGAGACCACGAACGGCUGAAACAUAUUUAUCACUUAACAAAAUUUUGCCAAUCAAACUAGAUCCGCUACCGAAAUCUAUUGUAAUGAAAAAUUCUAUAUCAAAUCUUUCAUCUUCAAAAUCAUCUAGUACUCAAUCGAAUACUCAAUGUAAUAAUACUCUUGCCCCGUUAUCUCCCUCCAGUAAAAUUUUAAGUAAAACUAAUUCAAUGAAUAGCAAUAAGGUUAAUUUAACUUCAAUUUUCUUCAAUAAUAAUAACGACUCCAAAGACCAUAAUUAUAUUGAUCCAAAAUUAAUAAAUCCUUGUGAUAAUUUAACUGUAACUUCAGUUGAUUCGACAGAUGACAUAAAAUCCAAUUGGAGUCAAGAAUCAAAUGAUACAACUAAAAUGAAUCAAAAUAUCAAUGAAAAUCUACCAAAAAGAGAGAAUCAAAACGAAUCUGCUGACCUUGAAACAUUUUCAUUAGACAUAGAACAAUUGCAACAAGAUCAAGGUCAAGACCAAUUAUCAACAUGUAGUCGAAAUUCAAUGAUGAGUGAAAAAAGUAACAAAUUAUUUAAACGUCAAAUUCGAUUAGGGAAAAAUCAAUUUUUGUAUGAUGCUUCGCCAAGCGAUAGUGAAUCUAGUCCUGAACUAAUUGAUAUUGGUCAAAAUUCUAAUACUGAUAAUAUGGUCAAUAUAGAUAGAAAUAGUAACGUAAGACAGUCUUCUAAACCUUCAACAAUACAAACAACUACACUAACAAAAAAUCCAUCACCAUUUACAUGCGAAAAUGAAUUUGAAUCUUUUCUUCCUCCUAGCAUAAAUCCAAUUUUUGAUAAUUUUGAUUUUGAAGAAUUUCUUGCAACUUUUGAAAACAAUAAUGAUAUUGAUGAUUCAUUUCCUGGUUUGAAAGAUUGCAAGGAAUUUUUAAUGAAUCGUUGUCUUAAUAUGCGUUCAAAUAAUAAUUUUAGUAAAAACUUAACAAUGUUUCAUCAAUAUCAUAAUAAUUCCCCUUGCGAUUCGAUUAGAGCCCAAAAAUUGGAAGAAGAACAAAACAUUGAAAAUAAGAAACGGUCACAAAAUGAAGAUGAAAAGCAUGAAAUUUUUAUAAGCAUUGAAACUGAUCAAAAUGAAAAUGAAGAGCCAUUGGAUGUUAAUUCUUGUACAAGCGAUCCGUCUAUAAUGAAAAAUCCUGAAGUUGAAGAGAUUAAUGGUAAUGAUAAUAAAUUUACAAAAAUUGAAACUUACCAUUUACCCAUAUUUGAAGAGGAUAAAGACAAUUCACUAACAGAUUUUGAAAUCAAGUCUAUACCCAGAAAUAAAUUAAUUAAAAAAUCAAUUCAUGAAAACCAUAAAACUAAUGAAAAUGGCAAUAAAAAUAUUGGCAACUAUGAAAAUCUUAGAGAAAAAACUAAUGAAUCAAAUAAUUCUGACAUAUAUCCAGUUGAUUCAGAUGAUGUCAGUAGCGUAGAAUGUUUUCCGAUUGGCCGUAAAAGUAUCAAAUCAAAAACGAGUUCGGAUUCUGCAUAUGGAAGUUUGUCACGCAAUAGUCCAACAUCAGCAGAUCGAACAACAUUUCAUCGUCUAUCUGGCAAAGGACAAAAUCAUCUACCAUCACCAUCUAAUAUUUCUUCUUUUGAACAAAAUGAGAGUAAAAUAGCAAUGCGUGAGAAUAAUAAUCAUUUAAAUGCAAGUUCUAGUGGUUCUGAAAACUCACUAUUACGAACCGAUAAUAAAUAUUUGCAACAGCAAGAACAAAAUCGUUCCUCUUCUAAGGAUGACUCAAUUAAUUUUCUUCAUCAAAAUUUUAAUAUAAAAUCAGAAAAUAAUUAUAAUAUCAGAAAGGACUCAUGUUCAAAAGAUUCUUUAAAUGAUUCCAACGAUAAUUGUAAUACAAAACCAAUAUUAUCAAAAUUUUGUUAUGAAUGCGGUAGUAAAUUUUUGGUUGCAACAGCUAAAUUUUGUAUGGAAUGUGGUGUUAGACGAUUAGCUAUUGAAUAAUAAUGAUAUAAUAAUUUGAUAUAAUCAAAGUUAAGUAAAAUCAUAAUUAUUUGUAACAAAAAAAAUGUAAAAUUCAAGAAUAGAAAAAGUUAUUUUUAAAAAUAUUAAAACAUUUUUAUCCAUAUUAUAAUUAUUAUAUUAUUAUAUUAUACUAACAAUUUAAAAAGCAAAAAAAAAAAAUGGAAAAUUUAAUAUUAUAUGUAUGUCAUCAUGUUUUUAGGUAAUUAAUUAAAUUAAUAAAAUUGUAUUAAUUUCAAAUAAUAGUUACAUAAAUGAGCGCAAUUAAAAAAUGUAUAUUUUUACGUAAUUUAUUUUAUUAUUAUUAACAAAAAAAUGAAAAACAGAGUUGAAUUCAGAUUUACAUUAUGCCUGAAAGAGUGAAAACAGAACGAUGUUAAAGCGAAUUUAUAUAAAUAGUAUUCCUUUAUUUAAUUAUAUUAAGGAAAAAGUAAAUACAUGGUUAGAUACAUGGUUAUUAGUAAAUACAUAGUUCUCUCAGAUUAAAAAUUUAAAUUUACAAAAGCAAAUAAAAUAGAAGACAACGAACUUAUACCUAUAUGAAUUCGCUUAAGAAGUCAUUCUAAAAAUAUCAUAAAUUAAAUUUUGCAAUUUUUAUAUACCUAAUUUGCUGGUACGUAUUGAUUUAUAAAGUAAAAAACAAAAAAAAAUUUAAAAAAAUAGAAAUUUAAUCGUACCAACAGUUUUAAGUACUUGAAAUAAUUAGAUGCCCAAUUGCAUUUUGUAUAAUUCUACAUUAAUAAAUUAUUUAAAAAAAAAAAUAAUAUUAAACAUAUAUGAAAAAUUUUUUUUAAACCUGGGCGUUACUGCACCAACAACUUUUUACUUUUUUUAAUCAAUUGAUCAAAAAGUUUGCAAAAUUUCUGUUGCAUCAAAGAUCAAAAACCAUUAAUGACCUACAUAUUUUAUGAAUUAUAUUAACUAAAAGUAAAAGCGAAAGUUGAUGCAAUAGGGUCAAUUAAAAGUGUUUAUAAUAUUACAUGUAGCAUAACAUCAAACAUUAUGGAUCAAAUAAUUUUAAAAAUAUACAACUCUGAUAGAGAUUUUUUAAAUUAAAUAUGAGCAGAAAUUAAAAAUUCCUAUUAUUAUUUAUUCACAAUGUAUGAUGUGAUGUUAGUGGAUUGUUGUAACUUUCUCUACCUUAAUUUCAAUUAUAAUUAAAUUUUUAAAUUCUGUUUUAAACAAUAAUAUUGAAAGGAAAACAAUUAGGACGAAUCCUUUUUUUUUUUUGUUUUUGAUUAAUUGCAGCAGCUUUUAAUUAUAGUUCUUGAUAUCGACAUUCAUACUCAAAUAAUAUAAUUUAUUGUAAUAAAUUUUGAAUUCACAAAAAAUUAUAAGGGAGAAAUCCCAAAAUAAAAUUCAAACCAUAUUAAAAAUUAAUAAAUAUUUUUUAUUAAUUUUAUUUUAUUGCAAAUUUUAUUUAUGAUUAAUAUACAUAAUGUACUAAAAUUAUUAUUUUUUAAUUUUAUUAUUUUUAUUUUUAUUUUUUUUUUUAAUUUAACAAAGACUGAACUUAUCUUCCA